UUUCAUAAGCAGGGAUUAAUUUGGUUAUCUUCUAGCGUAAGAAGUGUACAAAAUGAUAAAGGUUUAUAUUUUAUUUGUGUUGAGUGUUGUGCCAUGCUCCAUAUCUAUCCAGCUACUAAAUUAUGCUGACUGUGGUUCUUCUGCAAUAAUACACUCAAUCCUUUUGGAACCGUGUGAUGCAACACCAUGUAUCAUUCACCAGCUGCAAAACUAUACUGCCAGGAUAAACUUUACAGCAAGGGCGAAUCAUAAAAGAGCUUUCAAUUUUGCAAGCUCUGUUACAACUGGACUUAAUGAUAAAUGGUCUGUUCCAACGUUUGAUGCGUGUACGAAUGAUUUGAAAUGUCCAAUACAAGCUGGCCUGGCACAGAUCUAUACAAUUACUGUAACUUGCCCUUUAGCAAGACCGUCACGGGUAGCUGCUAAAUGGGAAGUGAAGACUGGAGAUGAUCCCAAUGAUCCGGAUAUCAUAUGCUUUGUAUUUCCAGUCGAGAUUGUAUAAGAUAAAAUCAUUAAAGAGCACUCUUGAAAUCACACAAGCAUUGCUGUUUACCUUUCUUUAACAAG